CCCAAUUUGCCCCUCUCAUCGCUCGCUAGUCACUUGAUUCCUACGUUUUCUACCAGUUUCCUUCACUUUCUCGCUCAUAGCAUCGCGUUCCUUUCUUUUCAUCAUUCUGUUAAGCAAGUGUUGGAAGAAAAUAUGGCAGAAGAUUUCGAGCUAGACUUGGAGGAACUUCGCCAUCUCCAAAGCAUUGCCAAGAGGCCUCGGAUUGUCUCACUUAUCUCCUCUGAGAUUCGCAACUUGGAAAAGUUAUCAAAAGCAGCUGUUUCUACAUCUACCUUGCAAACUCCUGCUCCACUUCCAACUCCAGCAAGUGCUACCUCCACUCCAGCAUUGAACUAUGUCACACUUGGAUCAUUCAGUUGGGAUCAAGAUAAUGAAAAAGUCAAGAUAUAUGUGUCCCUGGAAGGUGUUGAGCAGGAGAAAAUGGAUACACUGUUCAAGCCAACGUCCAUUGAUGUCAAAUUUCAUGAUGUUCAAGGUAAGAACUACAGAUGUGCUAUACCAAAAUUGAACAAGGAGAUUGUGCCUGAGAAAUGUAAGGUGGUAAUCAAACCUACAAGAGUAAUCAUCACAUUGUUCAAAGCUUCUAAGGGGAACUGGUUAGAUUUGAAGUUCAAAGAAGACAAGCUGAAGCCAGAUCUGGACAAGGAACGAGAUCCUAUGGCAGGAAUUAUGGACUUAAUGAAGAAUAUGUACGAGGAAGGGGAUGAUGAAAUGAAACAAACAAUUGCUAAAGCAUGGUCUGAUGCAAGAUCUGGCAAGACAGCAGACCCACUGAAGGGAUAUCACUGAAUAGAUGAGGUCGAGGUGAAUGCAUUCAGUACCUGAAAAACGAUAUGGUGUUUUUAGUUAUUUUUCAUGUUCUUGUUAUAGUACUUGGUCCUUUCAUUUUUGGUGACAUGAUGGGUAUGUUGGAGAGAGCUGUCACUGUUCUAGUUGAAGCAGAUUCUUUGGUCCCUAUGGUGUCAUGUAAAACAUGUUAUGCUUUGACUAUUUAUGAGGUGUAUUCAUGGAACGAGGUUCCGAGUCUAUAUUAUGUACUACACAAAAUGCUGCAAUUGAUUGGCGUCUUGAACAAUCCAAAUCCAGUUUAGACCA